GUUCUGUUAUCAUCAGAGUCAUCACAACCGAUAUACUGGCAGUAUUCCAAUCCCCUUAACCCAAAAAUACUAACCAAUCAUGUCCGCCGAGAUUGAGAAGCACGGUUACGAGGUAGACGCUACUGAGAGCAUAGACGACAAGCUGCAAUUGCACAAGCUCAACGACUUUCACGCACUUGAAAACCUCGAAAAGUAUAGGGAAAUAAAAAGAGGACUAAACGCCCGCCACGUCAACUUGAUGAUCAUUGGCUCAUCCAUCGGAACGGGGUUGUUCAUCGGGUUGAGCGGGCCACUUGUCUCAUCCGGAUCCUUGUCCUUGCUUAUCGGGUUUAUCAUCUGGUCAGCGCUUGUGGUAUGGCCAUUGAUGCAGUGUGUGGCCGAAAUGUGCUCAUGGCUUCCGAUUAAGGGCUCCCUUUUCCACUACGCUUCCAGAUUCUGCGACCCAGCCUUGGGGUUUACCGCCUCGUGGAUCUACUGCUACACCGCUAUGAUGUUUGUCUGCGUGGAGGCGGUAGCUGUGGCCGGCACUAUCCUGUAUUGGACCGAUAUCAAUCCCGCCGUCUGGAUCACCUUGUCCUUGGUCGCAAUGUUUUUGGUCAACGUCUGUGCCGUCAAAUAUUUCGGCGAGUCCGAGUUCUUCAUCUCGAUGUUGAAAGUAGUCCUCAUUGUGGGCUUAAUGCUCUUCACUUUGGUCACCAUGUGUGGGGGAAACCCUAAAGGCGAUAAAUACGGGUUCCGUCAUUGGUCGGAAGGUGGGCUCACGAAGCAAUACUUGGUAGAUGGCACCACUGGAAAGUUUCUCGGGGUGUGGAAAGUCAUGGUCUAUGCGGCUUUCGCCGUUGGUGGGCCUGACACCUUGUGCUUCAUUUCCGGUGAAAUCAUCCAGCCAAGAACCAACAUCCCAAUGGCAGGCAGGCGUUCAUAUAUCCGUCUUCUCCUCUUCUACCUUGGCGGAAUCUUCUUCAUGAACAGUUUAUGUGCCUCGAACAAUGCGGAGUUGUUGCAGGCCCAGGCGGAAGGCAAGGCAGGAGCGGGCUCCUCCCCAUGGGUUAUUGGUAUCAGAAGCGUUGGGGUCCACGGGUUGGACUCCCUCGUAAACGCUGGUAUUAUGAUGUCCGCCUGGUCUUGUGGUAAUGCGUUCGCCUACACUGCUACUAGAGGGUUGUAUUCGGCCGCUCUCGCUGGUUUUGCUCCAAAGUUCCUUGCCACGUGUUUGCCCAACGGUGCACCAGUCUUCUGUGUGACUGCCUCGAUCUUGGUCGGCUGUUUGGGCUACCUCUCGAUUUCAAACACCACUGCCACUGUUUUUAACUGGUUUAUCAACUUGGCCACCACUGGUUUGUUGUGCACCUAUUUGGUUAUGUUUCUUUGCUACUUCCAAUUCCGUCGUGGCCUCAAGGCGCAGGGUUUUGUAGUGGGGGAUCUCUACUACACCGCUCCGUUUAACUGUCAGCCGUACAUUUCCUACGUGGGGUGCUUCUUGGUCUGUGUUACAUUAAUUUUCAAUGGCUUCUAGAUCUUCUUCCCCGGUCAGUUUUCUGUGGCUAAUUUGUUUACUUGCUACUUUUGCCAGGUGUUUUUCGUCUGUCUCUACUUCUUCUGGAAGAUUUUCCGAAAGACCAGAAUCAGAUCGCCCCUUGACGUGGACUUUAUGUCGGGCAAGGACAAGAUCGAUAUGGAAGAGGAGGCGGAAAGAUUGGCUUUGGAGCAACAUCCAAGGCCUCAAGGUACGGUUUGGAGAGUUCUCAACAAGGUUUCUGAUGCUUUGUUUGGGUGAGUCAGAGGAAAUACCCAGA